AUGAAGCCUACCAUGGGAGUUGCCAUCGUCGGAGGAGGACUGUUUGUCAAGGAAUCUCAUCUGCCUGCCGUUCUCAAGUGCGAGCUUUUCAGCCUCGAGGCCAUCUACUCAAGGUCUCUAAAGUCCGCUCAAGAAACAGCAGACCUCGUUCCCGAAUCCGUCAAGAAGCCGGAUCUCUACGCUGAGGAUGCCGGUUCUAACAAAUCUUACCAAGACCUCCUUAAGCGAGACGACAUCUCAGCCGUCAUCAUCGCUCUCCCCAUCCUCACUCAGCCUUCAUUCAUAGAGGCAGCCCUCGCCGCUGGCAAGCACGUCCUCGCUGAAAAACCCAUCGCCAAGGAUGUUGCAUCUGCUCGCACGCUCAUCUCCAAUGCUCAGCGUAUCUGCGCCACCAGCAACGCUACCUUUGCCAUUGCGGAAAACGUGCGCUUCUACCCAAGCUUUUCCUAUGCCGCCAGCGAGGCUGCAAAGUUUGGCAAAGUCCACAACUUUAGCGUUCGUGUCCUGUGGCGUGUUGAGCCGGACAACAAGUGGUACAACACUGCGUGGCGGAAAACCCCUGAUUAUCAGGGAGGAUUCUUGCUUGAUGCCGGUGUCCACUGGGCUGCGGCCACGAGGCUGUUGCUCGCUGGCGAAGGGAACAAACCAGAGUCUGUGCAGGCGUUUACAGCGCAAAUGUGCGAACAUUUGCCACCGAUUGACACUCUGAAUGCCAUUGUCAAAACCCAGACAGGGGGAUCGGGCUCGUUUCAGCACUCAGCCGGAUCUCUGCUCCAGGCUUUCGAGUGGAGCUUCUCCUAUGAGAAGGGAUCCGUCAAGAUUGUUGGAGAGACUGUCACAGUGAAGCCGCUCGAUGGAGAAGAGUCUGUCAAGGAAUUCUCCAGGACAAACGGCGUCACUGAGGAGGUCGCCGCAUGGGCACAGAGCAUCAUCGACGGCAAGGUCAACCCUCUGCAGACGCCGCAGCAGGCCCUUGCCGAUUUGGAAUUCAUGGAGAAGAUGUUUACGAGCGGAGAUGAGAAUGGAUCGACACAAAAGUAUGAGUUGCUGUAA